AUGCCAAAGUACGCCAAAGACCAGUCUGUUGGCUUCAAAAACGCCAUUGAAAAAGUCGCCAUUGUUGGGGCCGGAGGCACAAUUGGAUCACACAUUGCCAAUGCCCUUCUGAAGACUGGGAAACACACAGUCACGGCCAUUUCCCGCAAAGACAGCGGAAACAAACUAGCACUGCCCAAGGAAAUCAUAGUCGCCCCAGUCGACUACGAUGACGAGGCCUCUAUCAUUGCCGCUCUUGAAGGCCAGCAAUUUCUCAUCAUAACCAUGGCCCCCACUGCUCCCCGGGACACCCAUAGCAAGCUCGUUCAAGCCGCCGCCAAAUCCGGUGUUCCCUACAUCAUGCCUAAUGGGUACGCCGGCGAUAUCGACAACAUCAAGCUCGGCGAAGACACACUACUAGGACCCGUAGCUAGAUCUCAAAGGGAUGAGAUCGAGAAGCUCGGCAUGCAGUGGAUCACGAUGUGCUGUGGGUUUUGGUACGAUUACAGCUUGGCUGGAGGUGAUGCACGCUUUGGAUUCGACUUUGACAAGCGUUCCCUGACAAUCUACGAUGAUGGAAGCACCAAAAUCUCUACUUCCACGUUAUCGCAGGUUGGACGGGCUGUGGCUAAGGUUCUGAGCCUGAAAGAGCUACCUGAGGACGAAAAUGAUGAGAGCCUUACUCUGUCGACAUUCCUUAACAAGGGCGUGUACAUUAAGAGCUUUGUGCUCAGCCAAAAUGACAUGUUUGACAGUGUUAAGCGUGUUACUGGUACCACUGAUGCUGACUGGACCAUCAGUCAUGAGAACAGCAAGAAGCGGUAUGAGGAUGGUAUGGCGCAGGUUAAAAUAGGUAACAUGGCUGGCUUUGGCAAGAUGCUCUACGCAAGAGGAUUUUACCCGGGAGAGUCUAAUGACCUUUCGGCAAAGGCACAGAAUGACCUGCUUGGAUUGCCAAGUGAAAACCUGGAUGAUUCUACCAAGGCUGGAAUAGAUUUGGUCAAGGAGCUGCAGCUUCGUGUUGAGCGUAUGGCGUCUUAG